GGUAUUUUUCUCCAUCUAAAAUGAUUAAAGAUAGCAUUUUUGAAAACAUAUUUACAGAAUUUCUAAAACCCCUCACUCUCUCACACACACACACUUUGAGUUCCUAAGCCGCCGCCGACCCUUCUCUCUGCUCUUCAUUUGGACACUCUCUUCUUCCUCAGGCAUUGACAGGAGGAAGAUAAAGAAGAUUUAUAUUCAAUUGGGUUCAGAACAAUGGCUGGUUUUUUAGCUUCAAAGUGUUCUCAUGUUGGCCGUUCAUUGUUGGGAGGUCUUGGGAACAAGUUGUCUGCAACAGUAAGCACACAACAUGAGAUGGCAAACAACAGUUUCUUGUCUCAGCAGAUUAGGAGUUUUAUACAGAUGAGGACUGUACUGAAAGUUGUAGACAAUUCCGGGGCGAAGAAAGUGAUGUGCAUACAAGCUUUGAAGGGAAAGAAAGGAGCAAGACUUGGAGACACUAUAGUUGCAUCGGUGAAAGAGGCCUAUCCCAACGGUAAAGUGAAGAAAGGAAAGGUUGUGUACGGAGUUGUAGUUCGUGCUGCCAUGCAAAAAGGCCGUUGCGAUGGAAGUGAGGUCAAGUUUGAUGAUAAUGCCGUCGUGCUUGUUGACAAGCAAGGUCAACCUAUUGGAACUAGAGUUUUCGGUCCAGUUCCUCAUGAGUUGAGGCGAAAAAAGCAUGUCAAGAUUCUUAGUUUGGCCGGUCAUAUUGCCUGAAACACCGAUUUUCGAGUGGUGUGGUGUUUAAUAGUUUUGAUCAUCCAAAUGGCAAAGAUUUUGGCUUGAUGAUAAUGUCACUUGACUCUGUUGGAAAUAAGGAGUUGAACUUGAAUGUAAAAGCUUAUCAUGAACUGAGUGAGAAGAAGCUAAAGAUCAUAGAACUAUUGUAGAUUGGUAUUGAUUAUAAUUGUGAACAAGAAAGGUUUCUACAUGUUCUAAA